CAUCUACCAGUGUUGGCGCGCAGACAGAGUGUUCUAGGCUAAUGAAUUCCUGAUUGCCCUCAACUUUGACCUCUCGUUUCAUGUUGUAUCAACUACACUACGAGGGCCGUCUCUCCUAGGAAUACAGUCAAUCUCAAAGUCAAAAUAGUACGUCCACUCACCUAUUCCAUGGACCUAGUGUGGGUGGCCACAGAUGUUAACCGCACAGCAGAACGAAGACCAUACACACUAGUCAACCAUAAUGGCCUCAUUACCAGAAGAGCCGAUUGCCAUCAUUGGCUCAGCCUGCCGUUUCCCCGGCGGCUGCAGCUCGCCCUCAAAGCUAUGGGAGCUCCUCCGCGAGCCCCGCGACGUACGAAAACAGUUCGACCCAAAGCGUCUGAACUUAGAACGUUUUCACAACGCAGACGGACAGACACACGGGUCUACAGACGUCCGGGGCCUGUCCUACCUCCUGGAGGAAGACACCCGCGUCUUUGACGCGGGCUUCUUCGGCAUCAGCCCCGUGGUAGCCUCCGGCAUGGACCCGCAGCAGCGGCUGCUCCUCGAAGUAUCCUACGAAGCAUGUGAGAGCGCGGGCGUCACGCUCGACCGCCUCCGUGGGUCCCAGACCUCGGUCCACGUCGGGUCAAUGAGCAACGACUACGGCGUCAUCCAGGCGCGCGACCCAGAGACGAUGCCCAAGUACAACGCGACGGGCGCUCACGCGCCUAGCAUCAUCGCCAACCGCGUUUCGUACGUGCUGGACCUCAAGGGGCCCUCCGUGACCAUUGACACGGCGUGCUCGAGCUCACUCGUUGCGCUGCACCAGGCAGUGCAGGGGCUACGCGCGGGCGACUGCGACGCCGCCAUCGUGGGCGGUACGAAUCUCAUCAUGGACCCUGGGCCAUACAUCGCCGAGUCGAAGCUGCAGAUGCUCUCGCCGGACUCGCAGUGCCGCAUGUGGGAUGUGAGCGCGAAUGGCUACGGACGCGGUGAGGGCGUCGCUGCGCUGUUGCUCAAGCCGCUUGCGAAAGCUUUGGCCGAUGGCGACCCUGUCCAGGGUGUCGUUCGUGCGACAGGAGUCAACUCGGAUGGUCAGAGUCCUGGGAUCACGAUGCCGUUUGCGCCGGCCCAGACGGAUUUGAUCCGACGGACGUAUCGCCGGGCGGGGCUUGAUCCGCUCCGUGAGGCAGAUCGGCCGCAGUACUUUGAGUGUCACGGCACGGGUACGCAGGCUGGUGAUCCGGUUGAAGCCCGCGCCGUGUAUGAUGUCUUCUUCCGAGGUCAAGACCAACAACCAGAGCAGUCCGAGAAAAUCAAGCCAGAGACGUUGAUUGUGGGAAGUAUUAAGACCAUCAUCGGUCACACGGAGGGCUGUGCCGGCCUGGCGGGCGUGAUCAAGGUGCUGCUCAUGCUCAAGUACCAGACUGUACCGCCCAACAUGCUCUUCAACCAGCUCAACCCCAAGAUCGCCCCGUUCUACGGUCCCGGCGCGCUCGAGAUCGCCACCAAGGCCAUGACUUGGCCAGCGAGGCCCGCAGGCACUCCGAUGCGUGCAUCGGUGAACAGCUUCGGGUUCGGAGGCACCAACGCCCAUGCCAUCAUUGAAGCUUUGCCAGAGGUGGCAGAGGAGAAAGGACAGAAACAGCAGCUUUCUGAUGGGGCUAUCGGCCCCCUCCUCUUCUCCGCGCAGUCUGGGCCGGCGUUAUUACGCAACGUACAGGCGUACUUGGACUACGCCGAGACGCACGUGGACUCGCUAGACCUCAGAGACCUGAGUCGUAUCCUGCAGACACAUCGGUCAGCACACCGCGUGCGGACAUUCUUCACAGGCGCGACCAGGGAAGACGUCCUGGAUGCUAUGGCUCGGUUCGUGACGAGCCACGCCGGCAAGGCCAAGAGCGGUGACAUCGGCUCCGUCCCGCGCCUCAUCAACCCGGCCGAAGCCCCCGGCAUUCUCGGCGUCUUCACAGGCCAAGGCGCGCAGUGGGCCACCAUGGGCCGUGGGCUCAUGGCAGCUUCUCCGGUCUUCCGACGCAGCCUCGAGGCAUGCGACGCCAUCCUACAACAGGGCUUGCUCAAGGGCCACGGACACGCGCCGACUUGGUCUCUCAUUGAGGAGCUUUGUAAGGAUGCCGACACAUCGCGCCUAGGCGAGGCCGAGCUGGCGCAGCCGCUCUGCACAGCACUGCAAAUCGCUCAAGUUGACAUCAUAACAGCAUCGGGAAUCCGUCUCGAUGCUGUCGUAGGUCACUCAUCCGGUGAAAUCGCAGCCACCUACGCCGCCGGUCUUAUCUCGCGCAAGGCCGCCAUGCAAAUCGCUUACUACCGAGGCUUCUACGCUCACCUAGCCCGCGCCGGCACAAAGGUCGGCGGCGGCAUGCUGGCGGUGGGCCUCUCGCUCUCAGAGGCCUCGGAGCUAUGCCGUCAACCAGUGUUCGUCGGCCGCCUGGUCGUAGCCGCUAGCAACGCACCGCAAAGCUGCACGCUCUCCGGAGACCGGGACGCUGUGGCCGAGGCCAAGGAGCAGCUGGAGCGGGACAACAUCUUUGCCCGUCCGCUGCUGGUCGACACGGCGUAUCACUCGCAUCACAUGGCUGCGUGUGCCGAUGCCUACCUGCAGGCCCUCCUAGCUUGCGACAUUUCCGUCAAUCCAGGGAAAGGGAGAGGGCGAGGGGCGUGCGUGUGGAGUUCCAGCGUCCGAGGCGACGCUCGCCUUGUUCGACGAGGCGGCGAGGCGGAGCUGUUUGCUGCGCUCAAGGGUCCUUAUUGGGUUGCCAAUAUGGUGCAAAUGGUUAAGUUCUCUCAGGCGCUCGAAUCGGCCCUGUGGCAUGGCGGACCAUUCGACCUGGCUAUCGAGCUGGGGCCUCAUCCGGCGCUCAAGGGUCCCGUCGAGCAAACGCUCAAGGCGGCGUAUGGCGCCACGCCGCCGUAUGCCAGUCUCCUCAAGCGCAAGACGAGCGACGUGGCUGUCGCGCAAGAAACUAUUGGGUCAGUCUGGUCCCAACUUGGACCGGCGCAUGUCGACUUUGAUGGUUUCCGCGGUAUCUGGGGUGAGAGCAAUGAGUCUAUUACGACGCCCAAGUCAUUACUUGCGGAACUGCCUGGCUACGCGUGGGAUCACGACCGGGUAUACUGGCGUGAGUCGCGCAUCUCAGCGCGGUACCGUACGCUCGCUGAUACGGCACACGAGCUCUUGGGCCGGCGGAUGCCCGAUGACAACGAUUCCGAGCUGCGGUGGCGCAACGUCCUGCGCCUGCGUGAGAUCCCCUGGUUAAAAGGGCACGAGGUCCUCCGCGAGGUCUUGUUGCCCGGCGCCGCGUAUGUCUCCAUCGCAGCCCAGGCGGCGCAAUACGUCGCCGGUUCUCGGCCUGUGGCUUCGCUGGCCGUGGAGGACGUUGACAUUCUGCGGCCGGUGGUUGUGCCUGACAACACGGACGGCGUCGAGACGAUAUUUACCGUGCAAGUGCUACCGACGGCUGAUGGUUACAGUUCGAAGAGCAAGGCUGCCCAGGUAGUGCGAGCCAAGUUUGCGUACUACGUGUGUCCGAACGAGGUGACGGGUGCAAUGAUGCACACCUGUAGUGGUAACUUAGUCAUCCAUCUCGGCCCCGUCGACUCCGGUAACGGGCCCACUUCAACGUCGGGUCCGGUGUUACCAGGCCGGGAGCCGAUUCCGGACAACGCCGUUCAUGUCGACGGCGAAGCAAUCCACGAAAUGUUUGGCCAGAUCGGCCUUGAUUACCACGACGCAUUUGCGGCCAUGAAGAGCUGUGAGCGCGCCCUCGGCUACGCGGCCGCCACGGCAGUCUGGCCAGCCGAUUCCGACGUCGACACCGAUGCCGAUGCUGCGUCACUGGGACCAAGUAGCGGCUCCUACGUGCUACAUCCAGUCAUUUUGGACGUGGCUUUCCAAGCCUUGUUCGUCGCACACGCACACCCCGCGAGUCUAAUGCUCAAGAGGGCCAUGCUGCCGUCGCAUAUCGAUCGCGUGCUCAUCGAUCCCAACGUGUCCGUCACGACCACGGGCGCAACGGCAUCUUCGACUACGUGCCACAUGGACGCCUGGGUAACGGAUUCCACGGGUGCCACACUCGACGGCGAUAUCAGCCUGUACGUCAACGGGGAGGCUUCGACGCGGGUCUUUGCGCAGGUCGAGGGCCUGCGCACGCGGGCGGCUGGAGGGUUGGACGCCUCGCAGGACCGACACAUCUUUUGCCGGACGACUCACGGUUGCGAUAUCUCUGUGAUGGGACUCACGCUGCCACCACGCGAUCCCAUCCAAGAUGAAAGGACGCUCAGGGUCAACGAGGCAACGGAGCGGCUCACUUUAUGGUAUAUCCGGCAAGUUGUAGCUCAAGUCAAGUUACCGCCACCGCCCUCUUCCGACAAGACGGAGGGGGAGAGUGAGACAGACAGUCUGCAAUGGCACCAUCGACGCAUGCUCGAGGCCUUUGCACACCACCUCGACCUAGUCCGCCAGGGGAAACACCCGCUCGUCCAAACCGCAUGGUUAACAGACGGACCCGUGGAAAUCGCUGCACUAGACCGCGAACACGGCGACACAGUCGAGUUCCGUCUCAUGCACGCUGUGGGCGGCGCGCUCGCCCGCGUCGUGCAAGGCGAGUCCCACCUCCUGCUCCAAGUAAUGCAGCAAGACGACCUCCUCAACCAGUUCUACAUGCGCAACAACACCUCGGUGGCAACCAACCGCGCCGUUGGCCAGCUCAUGAAGCAAAUCGCCUUCAAGUUCCCGCGCUGCAACAUGCUCGAGAUCGGCGCCGGCACUGGCGGGACAACCUGGAGCGUCUUACACGCCGUCGACGACCUCUACGACUCGUACACCUUCACCGACGUCUCGCCCGCAUUCUUCGCCGCUGCCGCAGAGAAGUUCGCCGCCUUUGACCGCGUGGCGUAUCGCACGCUCGAUAUCGAGCAGGAUGUUGCCGCGCAGGGGUUCGCACCGCACAGCUACGACGUCGUCAUCGCGGCCAAUGUCCUCCACGCCACGAAAAGCCUCGCAGACACACUCGCCCGCGCACGCAAUUUACUCCGCCCGGGCGGCUACCUCGUCCUGCUCGAGACCACGGGCACGCAGAGCAUGGUCGGCUUCCUCUUUGGCGGGUUACCCGGUUGGUGGCAGAGCACGGAGCCGUCCCGCCGGUACGGUCCCACCGUGCCGACGCUCGAGUGGCACCGACUACUCUGCCGCGCCGGAUUCUCGGGCGCCGAUACGGUGCUGCAUGAUAGUCCCGACGAGAGCCGGCACGUCACGUCGUGUAUCGUCAGCCAGGCCGUCGAUAAGGAUGUCCUUCGCCUCCGUAGCCCGCUCGACUUUGUCGCGCCAGCAGAUCUGCCUACACCGCCGUCUUCUCCGCUGCUGCUUAUCGGGGGAAAGCGACUCGUCACUACCCGCGUCGUCGACGAGAUCACUCGGCUGCUGCCGAAAGGGUGGCGUUCUCGCCUGCGUACGAUUCCCAGCAUCGACGACAUUGAUCUCGACGACGUCAGCCUCAACCGAGCUGACGUCUUGUGCCUGCAUGACGCCGAUGAGCCCCUAUUCGCAACGCUGCCCAUGUCGGAACCGCGUCUGCGCCGUCUCCAGCAUCUUUUCCUCUCAGCCUCAAGCUUGCUCUGGGUGACAGCUGCAGGCACGACUGCUCCUCUUCGCGCAAGUAUGAUCCGCGGCAUCACGCGCGUGGUGCCCAAGGAGAUUCCCCAUCUCAGCGUGCAAGUUCUCGGGCUCGAGGACGGUGCCGGUCCCGCGGUUGACGCCCGGCGCUGUGUUGAGGCACUCCUGAGACUGAGACACGUGGCUGACAUCCGGGAGACUGAGGGGCAGACUACGCUUCCACUGUGGUCUAUAGAGCCCGAGUGCGAGGUUCUGGUUGACGGCGAGGUUCGCAUUCCGCGCGUGAUGCCUGCCACGGCGCUCAACGAGCGUUUUGCAGCGCGCAAUCGGCCUGUUGUCAAAACUGUUGACGCAACCGACAUUGCGGUCCAGGCUGUUGCGAAUCGGAAUGGGAAGAUGGAGUUGCGACAAUUUCUUGACCACAGCCAGGGAGCUGUGCAGAUGGACGUCGAGUAUGCUCUGCAUGUCUCAUCUCAUAGGGACGGGUCUUCGGCCUACAUCGUCCAUGGACGCGUGAAUGACAAUUGGGCCAUGGCACUCAGCUCUGCCAACGUAUCGAGACUGUUCCUACAGCCUGGGGAUGUAUUCCAGGUCGGCAGCUCGUGCUACACGCCAGCAUCCAUCAAAACCACGGCUGAUGCUCUACUUUGUCGUGCCCUCGUUCACCGUGUAGCAGCAAGAGCACUCAACGCCGAUUCAACUGUCGUGCUAGUGCUCUUCGAGCCGCAACUUGAAAUGGCGAAGAAGAUCGAGACAGAGCUAAAGGCAGAGUUGCGAAGUGUCAGCGUUGAGGUCUACUGCGUCACCUCCACCUCUGAUGUUGGAAAGAUUCCUGUAGGCUGGAUCCGCGUUCACACAAACAUGUCGAGACGUAUGGCCAAGCAGUGUCUGCCUUCAAAUAGAGUCGACUUCUUCGUAGACUGCUCGGAGACGUCUGAGGACUCUACCAACCAUUCUCGGGAGCAUUUGAAAGCGUCAUUGCUACCAACUUGCCAGAUAUUCGCAUUCGACGGCGAGCUUCUGCGGGGCUUCUUGCCGCAGCAGUCGGCGAUCAAGGCCGAGAGUCAGAGCCAGACCAUCGAGGCCCUGUUCAAGUCUGUAGAUGUUGCUGCUAACUCCACAGACGGAAUCUGUAGCAAAUCAACUCCAACGAUAAUGGCCGCUGACCUGGCCGGUAUGAACGCAAGCACCCUCUCCCGCGAACAAUACCUGUGCUCCUGGCACCGACAACAAUCUCUCCCCUUGACGAUUCAACCCCCUGAGACCGACAUCCACUCGAAGGGCCUCCUCCGCCCAGACCGAACCUACCUCAUCAUGGGCGGUUCCGGCGGUCUAGGCCUCUCUCUCACCCGCUGGAUGAUCCGCCACGGCGCCCGCAACAUCGUGAUCACAUCCCGCCGCGCCCAGACAAACGCAGGUCUCCAAGUCGAGGCCCGCCGCGCGGGAGCAGCAGUCCACACCCUCGCUGUGGACGUGACGCAGCGCGCGGAAGUCGAGACAGCAGUCGCCACCAUCCGUGCGACGAUGCCGCCCAUUGCGGGAGUAUGUAAUCUCUCCAUGGUCCUCCACGACGCCGUCUUCCUCGACAUGUCCCCACGACAGCUCAAUGAGACGCUAGCAGCCAAGGUCGUAGGAACAGAGAACCUCGAUGCCGUUUUCAACGAGGGUGCCGAGGAGCUAGACUUCUUCAUCGUCACGUCGUCGGCGGCGAGCACCAUCGGCAACGUCGCCCAGGCAAAUUACCACGCCGGCAACCUCUUCAUGGACGCUGUCGUCGCGGGCCGCCGUGCCAGGGGUUUGGCUGCGUCUGUGGUGCAUAUCGGGUGGGUGGCGGACACGGGGUACAUUACGCGCUUUGAAAAGGAGAAGCAGCUAGCCGAUCACUUCCGGAGUAUUCGACUUACACCGUUAUCCGAGACGGAUGUGCAGGAUGCGUUUGCGAUGGCUGUGCGCGCAAGUCGGGUUGACUCCUCCGACACCGGCACCGGCACGAGCAAUGACCUCGAGCACGACAUCACCAUGGGCCUUGCGCCGCCUACCGCACCCAUGCAAGCCGGACAGGUGAACAAGGCUGUGUGGACUUCAGACCCUCGUCUCAUGGCCCUGAAGCCGUAUACCGCACUAUCAGCCAAUUCUCAGCAGCAGCAAAAUAAUUCACACGGCGACGGCCGUUCCAGCGGCAGCGCCGGCGUCCGCGAACAAGUGGCUCAGGCCGAGACGGAAGACGAUGCCAUAGCGGCGGUGGCGGCGGCGUUCGGAGCAAAGCUCGAGACGAUGCUGCAGCUUCCCAAAGGCGCUGUCCACGAGAGUAACGGUCUCGAGAGGCCUAUCGUUGACUUGGGCAUCGACUCGCUAGUGGCGGUGGAGAUUCGUACGUGGUUCCUCAAAGAGCUUGAUACCGAGGUGCCGAUCGUCAAGAUUUUGGGCGGCGAGACGGUGUUGGAGGUUUCGGCGAAAGCGGCUAAGAAGAUGUUGGCCGAUCGUAAAGAGGUUUCGCCUAAGGUUGACGAGAAGAAGGAGGUCAAGGAGGUCGAGAAAGUCAUCCAGGCCCCGAAAGAGCUUGUCAAGCAGACUCCCACAGCAGCUCUAAGUCCUGACGUCGUUACCCCUAUUCCCGUUGACUCGAGCUUGGUCUCGACGGAGAACAGCAGCAGUAGCAGCAGCAUCGUCGAACACUCUGAAUCCGGCUCGGACAGCCCCAAAACAGCCACCACAGAUGACGAGGAAGAAAAAGGAGAAGAAGAACAUCAGGGCCAGGCGAAAAAGAUUGACCCCGUCAUCCGCCCCGACCCUGUCAUUGUCCGAGAAGCCCCCAUGUCCGCCGCCCAAUGCCGCUUCUGGUUCGUCCACAAGCACUCGGACAACCCGGCCGCCUGCAAUAACGCAUUCUACUAUCGGCUGCGGGGCCGUCGCCGCGUCAACACUGCCCGGCUCCGUCACGCCCUCCGGGUCGUCGCGGCCCACCAUGAAUGUCUGCGCACCUGCUACUUCCCGCGCCUCGAAGACGGUCAUCCGAUGCAAGGAAUCAUGGCGCCGUCGGAGUCGACUGUCCGCCUCACGCACACUGAAUAUGAUGGCCGCGACAGCAUCGAGACGGCGCUGCGAGAGACACUUGCGGGCUUCAAGACGCGUGCUUGGGACCUUGAGCACGGAGAGACUAUGGAGAUCUCACUGCUGGGUCUUAAGGGUAAUGAAGGAGAAUUUGGAGAAGGAGAAGAAGAAGCAGAGGGGUACGGGUUCCUCGUGCUGGGAUACCAUCACAUCACUCUAGACGGCUGGAGCGUAGCCCUCUUCUGGAAAGAUGUCGACAGAGCAUACCGCAUGCAACCGCUCACUCCAGUCGACCGUGGCCUCUCGUACGUCGAUUACUCGCUUCACCAGCUCAGUGAAGAAGAAACAGGCGCCCUUGACGAGGACCUCGCCUUCUGGCGCGCCGAGUUCGCCUCCUCACUACCAGAUACGCUUCCCCUUUUGCCCAUGGCCCGCGGCCUUGACAGGUCGUCUCUGGUCAGACAGCAGAAGCAGCCGAGCAGUGCUCACAAUCUGGAUCAGGAGCUCAACCCAGCACAACUCGAGGCCGUGAAAUCGUUGAGCCAGCGCUUACGCAUCAGCCCCUUCCACGUCCACCUCGCCCUCCUCCAAGUCCUCCUCGCCCGCCUCACCGGCACCGAAGACAUCUGCAUUGGUGUAGUGGACGCCAACCGCCGCGACGAGCGCUUCGUCAACACGCUCGGCUGUUUCGUCAACAUGGUGCCCCUGCGUGCCACCGUAGCAGCAUCCGGUACAGCCUCUUCCGGAACUACUUCCUCCGGCCCAGACUUUGCCUCUAUAGCCCGCGCCGCCUCGCGUAAAGCAAUGUCCGUCUUCGCUCACGGCACGCUCCCUCUAGACCGCAUCCUAUCCCUCGCCUCCGCCCCGCGCGCAACAGAGGCCCAUCCGCUCUUCCAAGCCGCCAUCAACUACCGCACAGCCGGCGGCGGCGGCAUCGACAUCUGGGAUCUGCCCCUCGGCGCCGACGACACCCGCAUGGAGCUAUCGUGGCACGGCGCAAAGGAGGCCGAGAACCCUUACGACGUGAGCUUGGGUUUCUUUGAGAUGCCGGGUGGCGGGUGUCUCGCGCAGAUCUGGUGCUCUGCCACGCUGUAUGGGCCCGAAGCGUGUCAGUCUCUGAUGGAUGUGUAUUUGAGGUUGCUGGAGGCCGUUGCGCGUGAUCCUGAGGUGACUGUGGACCAGUUCAGUUUGUACGAUGAUACGGAUCCGAGUGUGCUUCGCGCGCUUGAGGUGGGUAGGGGACCCGAGGUGAAGUUUGAUUGGGUUGAGACAGGAUCGUCUCUGUGUUUGUCUCGGCGUGUGCGGGAUAUGUGCCGCUUACACCCCGAGCGUACAGCCGUCACCGACGCUGUUGGGAGCGUGUCGUAUGCUCAACUAGCCGACAGGACGAGCCACUUGGCACAUCAGUUGAAGGAGGCCGGUGUUCGCUCGCGCCAUGUCGCCGUCUUGUGCGAGCCGUCGAUCGACGGCAUCGUUACCAUGCUCGCUAUCCUCGAAGUUGGAGCUGUCUACGUUCCCCUCGACGUCAGCCUGCCCGCCUCCCGUCAUGCAGACAUGCUUCGGCUUUGCGAGCCCGCGCUCGUGCUCUUCCACAGUCAGACGGACAAGCGUAUAAACGCCUUGGUAGAUGACGUUGUCGGGGAGCAGCAAAUGCGAGUCCUUCGAGUAGACGUGGAUCACAUCCAAGACGACCCCAAUGCUCAUGGCGAUCUUGAUGACUCCAACAAGAUAUCAUCGGCAUUCCUCCUCUUCACAAGCGGCUCAACAGGCAUCCCCAACGGUGUCCACUUAACUCAACCCAACUUCGCAAACCACAUCGCCCUCAAAGCGCAAACCUUCUCCCUGACUCACACCGACUGCGUCCUCCAACAGAGCUCCCUGGGCUUCGAUAUGGCCCUCGUCCAGACCUUUUCCGCCCUCGCCAACGGAGGCCGCCUCGUCAUCGCGCCCGCCGAUUCCCGCCGCGAUCCCGUUGCCAUAGCGGCGCUUUUGAAGCGCGAGGCCAUAUCCAUGACCAUCGCCACGCCGACCGAAUACCUCGCCUGGAUCCACGCCGCCGCCGACGUCUUAGCCAAUGGCAACGACGAUGACAAGACUGCCUGGCGGUUGGCCUUCUCGGGCGGGGAACAGAUCCCACCUCGUCUGCUGACUGAACUCGGCCGUCUCGGGAUCCCGGGUCUCCGACUGACGAAUUGCUACGGACCAACAGAGAUCACAGCAGCAGCAACCUUUCAACCUAUUCCCCUCGACAACGGCAACGACCCGUUGUCAGCCUCCUGCGUAGCAUCCCUCUCCGCACCCUCAGCCAUCUGGAGGCCCUUUGCCGUAGGCAAAGCCCUCCCGAAUUACACCGUCAUCAUCGUUGACCCCAUCACCACCAGCACCACCCCGCAGCCCCUACCCCUAGGACAAACAGGCGAGAUCUGUAUCGGUGGAGCGGGCGUGGCGCUCGGAUAUCUCAAUAGGCCAGACCUCACGCACUUGCGUUUUCUUACAAAUGUCCCGGGGAUGGGCAAGAGCACCGUGUACCGCACUGGCGAUAAAGGCCGCCUCCUCUCCGACGGGACGCUCCUCUGUCUAGGCCGACUUGAUGGCGACACGCAGAUCAAGCUGCGCGGCCAGAGGGUCGAUCUGCAGGAGAUUGAGGCCGCCGUGCUCCGGGCUUCUGCGGGUGUUCUCGCGUCUGUCGUGGUAUCUCGGCGUCGCCUGGAUGGUGCUGAUGCCGGGGGUGUUGGUGAAGAUGACAUCCUCGUAGCUCAUGCCACGCUCGCCGAAGACAAGGAUCGCGCCAUCGAGCAAGACGACAGCGACACCUCUUCCAUUUCCUCGAUCCUCUCCCAUGUGAGGCUGCCGCAAGCCUUUAUUCCCGCAGCAAUUUACACCCUCAAGACGCUGCCAACGACACCGAACGGCAAACUAGACCGCAGGGCCAUCGCCCGUCUCCUUCUGCCUGAAAGAAUGAGACUCAACCCUCUGGGAUCCGACUUGAACGCAAUAAACACAAACGCAACUGAGCAAAAUGAAGGAGAGAAACUUACCGUUCGCCAAGGCGAGCUCCGUCUUCUCUGGGAGCGUGUCCUUCCUUCCCUAGGCGAAAAGCGUAUCGGCCCGUCAUCCGACUUCUUCCUCUGCGGCGGUAACUCUCUGCUGCUGAUGAAGCUCCAAAAGGCAAUCAAGGAGACCACGGGCGUGGAAACCAGCACGAAGCAGAUGUACGAGGCUACCACCCUGCGCGCCAUGACGCGUGCCGUAUUCGAGGAUUCUGCGGCGGCGGAGGAGAAUGCUCGGAUAGACUGGAAUACCGAGACAGCUGUUCCGGGAUGGUUGAGGGAGGAAAUUGAGACAAUUGGGGCGACGGUCGCAUCCGCAUCCGCCGCCGCUGUGGAGAAGGACAAGACGGAGGCCGGCAUCGAAGUCCUCCUCACGGGAGCAUCCUCUUUCCCGGGAAGCCACAUCCUCACAGCCCUCCUUAACCACCCAUCCGUCCGCAAAGUCCACUGCAUCGCCGUUCCCUCCGACCACCACCAACCCCUUUCUUCUCCAUCCUCUGCCUCCAUCGCCGAGGUGGUAUAUUACACAGGCACCCUCCUCUCCAAAACCCUAGGCCUAACCUCCACUGAACGAGAACACCUCUCCCAAACCGUACACAUCAUCGUCCACGCAGCCGCCCACGGCCACUGCCUGAACCGCUUCGCCACUCUCCGCCGCCCGAAUCUCGAGUCCCUACACUCUCUCGCCUCCCUAUCCCUAGCAUCAGCUUCACCUCGCAAAACAGCGAUCCCAAUUCUCUACCUUUCGAGCCCGCGCACCCUGCUCCUAGCAGGCAAAACCGAAACCCCCAGAGCCCCAUCUUCUCUCCGAGAUUUCCCCCCGCCAGCCGUCGACGGUUCGGACGGAUACACGGCGAGUAAGUGGGCAGGCGAAGUAUUCCUGGAGAAUCUGGUCAACCAUCUCAAAGAGCGUGAUCAUGGCACUGAAGUUGGGGCACGCGGCCCACCAGGACCCAACCCCCUCAACCUCAAGAUCGCAAUCCACAGGUCCUGUACCCUCGUGAGCCUCCAAGCACCCAAUUCGGACGCAAUGAACGGCAUUCUGCGCUACUCCCUCGCCAUGCGCUGCGUACCUCGCCUCCGGCGCGCAGAAGGGUUCCUAGACUUUGCGCCGCUCGACGACGUCGUGGAACAAAUCGCCGCCGCCGCCGUCGAGUUGGCGGCUCUUCCGGAUACCUCUAUAUCAACAACAGAGGCUCCAGCGGCAAACUCGUCACAGUCAGCAUCGUCUUCUGUCCGCUUCCGCCACCACUCAGGCGGCAUAAAGACCCCCUUCUCGCAAUUCCGCACACACAUGGAGACCGUCUACGGCGGUGCGUUUGACGAGGUUGACAUGCAAGAAUGGCUCGUCCGUGCUUCGCGACAGGGUCUGGAUCCGCUUAUCACUGCGUACAUUGAGGCCCUGCUUGAGAGCGGGAUGCCGCUGGUGUCGCCGUAUCUCGGAGCAGACCUGGAGUGAAUGGAGGUAUAGGUUGUAAAGAAUCUUUUCUUAUUUCAUUAUGCUAGUAUACAUGGCAUCGUGGGAGAAUGUCGAUAGAGGUGUAAACAGUACUCUAGCCAAUUUCUAUAAUUCAU